UUAAACUUUACUUGACUAUGUAAAGCGAUGAUUGAACCAACCACCCACCAUUCCACCAUCAAUUUAAUAUAUGGCUUCUCCCAUCAAUUGGCGGCGUGAUUUUUCAAUUAUUACAUAAUUCCUGCGAAUUUGGAUUUGAGUCUGCCACUCCCUAAUUUACAGGGAAGGAAGAUGCCAUGGCGAGUGCGAAAUGGACAGCUUCCCGCCUCAGAGAAAAUCCAUGUCUCUCCAGCUGAAACAUUCUUGAAUCUAUUGAAACAAUGUAUUUCCACCAAGACCUUGCAACAGGUCCACACCCAGAUGCUCUUAAAUUCCAUCCACAAACCCAAUUUCCUACUCUCUAAACUCGUCGAUUUCCAAGACUUCAACUAUGCCUCCCUUCUUUUCUCCCACAUCCCCGAACCCAACGACUAUGCUUACAAUAUCAUGAUUCGUGGUCUUACAACCGCAUGGCAGAAGUUCCAUCUCGCCUUGAAAUUCUAUUAUCGAAUGAAGUUUUCAGGCUUAAAGCCCAAUAAUUUUACUUACCCGUUUGUGUUUAUUGCUUGCGGGAAUCUCCUGGCAUUAGGCCAUGGGCAGGUGGCCCAUUCAAUGGUUUUGAAGAAUGGGUUGGACGAUGAUGGUCAUGUGAGUCAUUCGUUGAUCACGAUGUAUGCGAAGUGUGGUAAACUGAAUUAUGCACGACAGGUGUUCGAUGAAAUUCGGGUUAGAGAUUUGGUGUCCUGGAAUUCGAUGAUAUCGGGGUACUCUAAGAUGGGUUUUGCAGGAGAAGCGGUGAAGAUGUUUGGGAUGAUGCGGGAUGAAGGUUUUGAACCAGAUGAGAUGACUAUAGUGAGUGUUCUUGGGGCAUGUGGGGAUCUGGGCGAUUUGCAAAUGGGAAAGUCAGUUGAAGAGUGUGUUGUCAACAAUGAGAUGGAGAUGAACUCUUAUAUUGGGUCAGCUCUAAUUGAUAUGUAUGCUAAAUGUGGUGAUUUCUCAUCGGCCAGGGGGGUCUUUGACCAAAUGAUAAACAAAGACGUGGUCACCUGGAAUGCUAUGAUUACCGGGCAUGCACAAAAUGGAUUGGCAGAUGAAGCAAUCUUGUUAUUCAAUGCCAUGAAAGUUGCUGGGGUUAUGCCGGAUAAAAUCACCUUGACUGGUGUGUUAUCUGCUUGUGCAUCAAUAGGAGCCCUUGACCUUGGAAAGUCUGUUGAUGCAUAUGCUUCAGAAAGAGGCUUACAGCAUGAUAUCUAUGUUGCUACUGCCUUAAUUGAUAUGUAUGCAAAGUGUGGGAGCAUGGACCAUGCACUCAGAAUUUUCGAAGCAAUGCCCCAGAGAAAUGAAGUCUCUUGGAAUGCCAUGAUCUCUGCACUUGCCUUUCAUGGACAAGCCCAAGAAGCCUUAUUGUUAUUUAAGAACAUGCUAGUGGAAGGUGGGGCUGCUCGUCCUAAUGACAUUACAUUUGUUGCAGUACUUUCUGCAUGUGUGCAUGCUGGAUUGGUUGAUGAGGGUAGACGACUAUUUAACUUAAUGAGCUCGUCUUUUGGUCUGGUCCCAAAAAUUGAACAUUACUCUUGCAUGGUUGAUCUUUUGGCACGCGCAGGGCAGCUUUAUGAAGCAUGGGCCUUCAUUCAGAAGAUGUCUACACGACCAGAUCCCGUCAUCUUAGGCACAUUGCUUGGUGCCUGCCAGAAACUGAGAAAUGUAGACAUUGGUGAGAAGGUUAUGCGGCUUAUUCUUGAAAUAGAGCCCUUGAAUUCUGGGAACUAUGUUAUCUCAUCAAAGCUAUAUGCAUAUUUGAAAAGAUGGGAUGAUUCAGCAAGGAUGAGAAUGUUGAUGAGGCAGAAAGGUGUCACCAAAACACCUGGCUGUAGUUGGAUUGAAUUGAAUGCCGAAGUUCAUGAAUUUCAUGCUGGGCUUUCUUUUCCUCUAUACUCAGAAGAGGUUUAUGUUGUCAUAGAGUUGCUGUAUGAUGAGAUGAAAAUGAAAGGUUAUACCCCAAAUGUUGAUCUGUUGUAGUGAAACUAACAGAUUAUGAGUGAAGCUCGUCAAUAACCCAAGGACAUGUGUUGAUAUAUUGCAUCUAACAGGUUGGUGAUCCAAGAAUGUAUUCUGCAAUUAUCUGUUUUUUAUGAUAAAAAGGGGACUUGAGCAUAUGAAAGUUCAUUAUACUCUUGCCUCAUAACAAAUUUUUUGUGAUACUUUUGACAAGUCAGAACAUUGGGGAAACAUAUUUGCUGGAAAGAAUGGGAACUCAGGAACUUAAGAACUAUGGUUUUCUUGAGUCUAUUGGGUUAUAUUAUCAGCUUAACAUUAUUUUGCACAAGAAAUCUCCGCCCAAGAAAUUUUCCCUGUUAGCCAAAGAGUUUCUUCAAGCCUGUGCAUAAGGUCAAGGCUGCAGAUAUCCUAACAUGUUCCUGUGGAGAUUGAUUCAGUGGGUGGAUGGUGAUGAGUUGAGAUUAUUGUUGAAGCCUGCAAUCUCGACUUCGACUGGGAGGUGAAAUGACCAAUAGACCUCAAUGAUGGCUAGUUGUCAAAGUGGUGAAGUUAACUCAUCUCUACCUCAAAAGCUUUGCUGGGCAUGAAAGGGCUUCUCAACAGAACAAAUCUAGGACUGCGGUAAGAAUUUCUGUGGUCGUUCUAGUUGUUCAAAUGUUUUGGAUGAACGGUGUGGGCUGCAGUAAGAGGUCUCUAGAAGAGAUUUCCAAGGUAUAGUGUUACUUUUACAUCUUUCCAUUAAUAUAAACAAGAAUAGUCACCGGAUUCAAUUUCUAACGUGACCAUUAAAAAUCAUGCAUGACAUGUUCAAUUUGUGGAAAUAACUUUAAAGGCCUCUGAUCUUGCAUGUGAAACCUUUUGGCCCGUUUCCUUACUGGUUCAGAUGAAGACCUAUCAUGAUCACAGUGAAAAUGAAAUGUAAGAAAUGAAGAAAUUGACAUUGAUGGGAUGCAAAUGCCCGAGGACGAAAAAUUCAAUAUGAAAUAGUCCCACUUAUGCUCAUUUAUUUUGUUGGGAGUCCUAUUGCUUCUUUUUGCUCCGUAUGAGCUUUAUGAAGAAUUAUAGGUCCAUGUUCGGUGAAACAACUUAAAGUAACCUGUCUCUUUGUUUUCUGAAGAUUUAAAUCUCAACUUCAAUUAUGUUGGUGAUCUUAAUGAGAAUCCCAUUUACCCUUGGCUAAAAAGAUUGCCAAAGUGGUUAGAUAAAAACAAAUGAUUGUUUCAUUAAAUUAGGUGCCAGAUAGAGAGCUUUUAGUUUUUAGUAUUCGGUUUUGGUUUUCAUUUUGUAGUGCUCAGUUUUCAUUUCAGUUAGAAAUAAAAAUAAGAACUUAUUACGUCAAGGCAAUUUUGUGUUUAUCAAAAAGGUGUAUUCUUCUUCCUUAAAUAAAAAAAGAUGUUGGAUGAGUGGAAGAAGAGCAAUUUCCAGCAAUUUACAAAGGAGAUGCUCAAAGUUGUGAAAAUUAUAGAGAACUCAAGCUAAUCUGUAACAUCCAAAAUUUUAUAAGAUUUUGGAGUCUUAGUUUUUGAGAAAAGUUGUUAAAUGGAUACCUAGACGAUUAACAAAAAAUAAAUUUCAAGAAUGAAAUUCUUUUGAGAGGGUGUGAGUGUAAUACUUUAAAUUUUACAAAAUUUUGUAGUGUUAAUUUAUGAGGAAAAAUCAUUGAAAUUGAUGUGGAACAUCUUGCAAGUGUCUAUUUGGACCAAAGAGAAGCAAAAGUCAGUUCCAAAGAGUCUGAAAGAAGCUCAAUGAGCCCUUUCAGUUUUAGGGUUUUUUUUAUAUUUUCUACUUUAAUUAGAAUUUGGUUUUCUAUGUUUCCUACUUCAAUUAGGAUUUGACCUUUUGUUUUUCUUUUCCUAUUUAACUAAGAUUUCAUUUUUUGGUGAAUUAAGGUUUAGAAUUAAUCUAUAAAUAUUCUUGUUCUAAGUAUUCCAUAGUAGUUUUUGAAUAAUAUCAUAUUUCUUCUUCUAAAUUUGGUUUCGUCCUCUAUUUUAAUAUGAAAUUGGUUAACAUCGCUUCCUAUACCAUGUCAGUUGGUAUUAGAGUAGGUAAGCUUACCCAGUCCAAUGGCUAAUGACAACAACAGUGGUAGUCAUAUUUAGGGUAAAUUUAAUAUAUAUUUACUGAACUUUAAAAAUGUAAUUAUUUACUCACUAAACUUUAAAUUGUUACUACUUGUUUAUUGAACUUUGCUCAACGUCAACCAUCCAUUACCUGUUACAUUACCGUUUAAUCUUGCAAAUGAAAAAUGUCCACGUGACUAAUGGAAUUUAAAGUGGCUAACGAAAAAUACUUAUGUGGUUAAAGAAUUUAACACAUACUCACUGAACUUUAAAAAUGUAAUUACUUACUCACUAAAUUUUGGAGUAAAUUUUACGUACACUUACUGAAUUUUAAAAAUGUAACUAUUUGCUCACUGAACUUUGGAAACAAGUCACGUGAGAAAAUCAAAACCAAAAAACAAAUAAAAAGGCCUACUCAGAUGGUUCAAUUCUGGAAGCAAACCAGAGGUAUAAACUCAACCAAAAAAAUCACCAUAAAAAGGCUUGCUUAGGUGUCUCAAUUUUGGAAGCAAUGCAUAUGCAAAAAUUCAACGAAGACAACAGAUAAAAACAUGCUACUCAAAUGCAUUAAUUCUUGAAGCAAACCAACAAGAAAAACUUAAACUAAUCAAUCAUCAUCCUUUAACCAAUCAACAAAUGAAAAAAUUGUAGAUUUUUUUUAUCUCCAUUAAGAAUAAUGAAAUUCAUAAAGAUGUACUCAAAGAUUGUUGGUUUUUGACAUAGAAGACGAUUUUUGUAAUCAAUUUUUAGCUCUUGGUCUCAUUAUUGAAUACAUCUUUGGAUUUUAUUGUUCUUAAUAGAGGUAAAAAAAUUAUAAUUUUUUCAUUUGUUGAUUGGUUAAAGGAUAAUAAUUGAUUAGUUUGAGUUUUUGUUACUAGUUUGUUUCAAGAAUUAAUGCAUUUGAGCAGCCUGUUUUUAUCUCUUGUCUUAGUUGAGUUUUUGCAUAUGCAUUACUUCUGGCACCUAAGUAGGCAUUUUUAUGGUGAUUUUUUGGUUGAAUUUAUGUUUUUAGUUUGCUUCCAGAAUUAAACCAUCUGA